UGUUUGUCUUUGCUUGCCCCCCUUCUCCCCUCCAUCUCUCCCUUUUCUUGCUCCUGUGCCUGCAUUGGCUCGCGAUGGGGUCCACUUCUCCUUCAGGCCUGGAGCUCACCAUGGCUGUCCCCGGCCUCAGCUCCUCCUCUGGUUCAGAGGGGUACGCCGGCAACGGGAACGGGAACGCCAUGAGGGACCUGGACAUGAACCAGCCGGCGAGCGGCGGCGAGGAGGAGGAGUUCCCGAUGGGCAGCGUGGAGGAGGACGAGGAGGAGCGCGGCGCCGGGCCCGGCGGGCCGCACCGCCCCAAGAAGCUCCGGCUCUCCAAGGAGCAGUCCCGCCUCCUGGAGGAGAGCUUCCGCCUCAACCACACCCUCACACCGAAGCAAAAGGAGGCCCUGGCUGUCAAGCUCAAGCUGCGGCCCAGGCAGGUGGAGGUCUGGUUCCAGAAUCGCAGGGCUAGGACGAAGCUGAAGCAGACGGAGAUGGAGUGCGAGUACCUGAAGCGGUGCUUCGGCUCGCUGACCGAGGAGAACCGGCGGCUGCAGCGGGAGGUGGAGGAGCUGCGCGCGCUGCGGGUGGCCCCGCCCACCGUGCUCUCCCCGCACACCCGGCAGCCGCUCCCGGCGUCCGCGCUCAGCAUGUGCCCGCGCUGCGAGCGCAUCACCGCGGCAACGGGUGCGCCCGCCGCGCGCACCCCUCGCCCGGCGGCCGCGGCGAACCCCUUCCACCCGCGGCGCCCCUCCGCGGCGUUUUAGGCGCUGGCUGUCUAGGGAAGGAGAUCAAAGCUUUGGUUAGGGCACAAGUGCCGUGUAAAUUGAUGGGUGCGGAAAAGACAGUCUAGGACGGCGUGGGCCCCCUGUAGGUGUAGGGUUUGGAGUCGCUUCCCCCGCCGUCGUCCCCGCCGCCCGUGUUCUUCUUCCAUGCCAUGCCAUGCCAUGGUUCAAAAGUUUGUAGCUUGGUCGUUUCAUCUUGACGGAUCGUCGUCGUCGUCACUUGUGUAUGGCCUUCUAGGAUAUCUGAUGGGCCGGUCCACGCUUGUUGGCCCCACCUUACAGCUUAUUCAAGGAAUCGGCCCAAAACUGAA